AUGAAUAUUGUUCGGAUAAAUAGAAAAAAUGUUAUGAUUCUUAUCCUGUCUCUAAUAUUUAAUUCAGUUAAGCAAGUUGAUAUGGGAUAUGAAAAUUAUUUUGCAGAGGGUAUGAUGAGUCACGCUUUCACAAAUGUUACUCCAGCUAACAGUAAUAAAAAACAGGAUGAUUUAUAUGGUUCAUGUCCAAUUGGUAAGUUAUGUACAGAUCUAGGAGGUGAUUGUUUGAAGUGCGAUCUUGAUCCUCAUUGUGAUUAUGGAUCGAUGUAUACUAUCAACUGCACAGUUCCUGAUUCGGUUGAUUGUGUGGGUGAGAAAUCAUUUACUAAGCAAUAUAUAUGCAGAUAUUGCUAUCAAACACAUCAUUGGGAACACAAAUGUCAUUUAAAGAAUUCAUGUAAUUCUGUAGCUUCACCUCCGCAAUAUUAUAGAACUAAUUGCACAGUAAAUAGUGAUAUAAUAUGCUUGGGAAGACGUAAGUUCAUGAAAAAUCUUCGCUGUAAUUGGACUGGAGGAUAUAAAUGGUCAACAGCAUUAAUCUUAAGUAUAACACUAGGUGGUUUUGGAGCUGACAGAUUUUACCUAGGACACUGGCAAGAAGGUAUUGGAAAACUAUUCAGUUUCGGCGGGUUAGGUGUGUGGACACUAAUAGACGUGAUGUUAAUUUCUAUGCGAUAUUUAGGACCAGCAGAUGGUUCUUUAUACAUUUAA